GACUAUACAUUCUACAUAGAGAUCUUCUGCCUAGAAAUUUGUAGCUUAUAUUUAAGGAGGUUAUGUUAACCUAAGUUAAGUUAAAACUUGCAUUUCGAUCGUGUUUUUGUGUUAGUAUAAAGUCAUAAAAAUGAGUGAAAAAGAUGAAAGUGCGACGAAAAAUAGCGAUCGAGAGAAUGAAAAGGAUUUGUGCAGAGGAGCAAUUAAUGGCAUUGUCUGCAGAGAGGAUUUACAUCCGUUUUUUGAACAGAGCGACCAUAGCAUCAAUAAGGUCCAUUUUUCGAAGGUUCCUCAAAUCUGUAAGGACGAACCAUGCCAAAUUGGAGUCGACGAAGCUGGUCGCGGUCCAGUUUUGGGUCCAAUGGUAUAUGGAAUUUCGUAUGCUCCAAUGUCCCAGAAGCAGCUGCUCGUUGAUUUAGGCUGUGCCGAUUCCAAAAGCCUGACGGAGAAAAAACGCGAUGAAAUAUUCGAUGACAUUUGCAAGCAUAAGGACAGUAUGGGCUGGGCCAUCGAGGUGAUAUCGCCGAACGUCAUUGCCAAUAAUAUGUAUCGUCGCACCAAGGUCUCGUUGAACGAGGUUUCCAUGAUGUCGGCAAUGAAUUUGAUCCGGGGAGCGAUCGAGGCAGGCGUGAACGUCGCUGAGAUUUAUGUGGACACCGUUGGCAAACCUGAGUCUUAUCAGGUACGGCUGAAGGGUGUAUUUCCCGGAAUUAAGAUAGUCGUGGCAAAGAAGGCUGAUGCGACUUAUCCGAUCGUCAGCGCGGCUAGUAUUUGCGCCAAGGUGUCGCGAGAUCAUGCGAUACGAGCAUGGCAGUUUCGCGAGGGCAAUGAUAUUGGAACAGACUAUGGCAGUGGUUACCCGACUGAUCCAGUAACGAAAAAUUGGUUGUCCACGAAUAUUGACCAGGUGUUUGGCUUUCCACAACUCGUCCGAUUCAGUUGGUCCACCGCUGAGCAGAUCCUCGAGUCGAAAGCACUGACGGUAGAAUGGGAGGAAACAGAAGAGAUGGAGACUCCCAACGAGCAGAAGAUUCUAAAGUUUUUCGCCAAAUCUCCGUCUAACGUUCACGCGAAAAAACAUUCAUUUUUCACGGAACGCUGUCUAUCCAACGCGACUGCCUUAUGAUAUUUGCUUUAUGCUGAUUUCUUUCCCUUUCAUUGUAGUCAUAUAAUGGCGUUUUAAAGAUCCUUAAUUUAAGAUAAAUUUAUAGGAAUUAUUAUUAUAUAUUCUCUUAGUGAUAAUUUUCAAAUAAUCAAAUGGGACGUGAAUGAGACAUUCGGAAUAAAAGUGUGUAUUGAACAAUUAUAUCUUUCUCGGAAUGUCUCAUAUCGAAAAUGUAUGUAAUAAAUAUUCAAUAUUACUCUCGACUGUCUUUCAUUAUGGUUUUAUUAGAUCGAUGUACAACACAUUUCAGGAGAGAUAUAUUUACGCGAUUUACUAAAGAAAAUAUUUUUGUAGAUUAGAGCUAACGAUAUCGUUCUCCUUCGUAACUUGACAUUUAGCGUUUCAUCUCGUUAAAUUAAAGACGAUUAAAGUAGAUGUUAUCCGUUUACCGGAUUUCAUAUAUAUAUAUAUAUUGUAUAUAUACAGAGUGUCCCAAAACUCCCGCAUUUGGA